AUUCAGCUAUUGCAUUGCCUGGAAAGUUCGACUGCCGGUGGCGAAUCAAUAUUGCAGGAUGGCUUUAUGGCCGCAAAAGUAUUGCGUAACGAAAGCCCGGAACAUUUCGAAAUACUCAGUCGCCAAUGGAUUAAUUAUCGCUUUCAGGACAGCACAACCGAUUUGCAAUCGCGUGUCGCCAUGUUCGAAGUUAACGACUUAAACGAAGUGAUUAAGGUUCGAUUCAAUAACCGGUCGAUUGAUACAAUUAAACUAGAACCAUCACGCGUCAAAGCCUUUUAUGCUGCCUAUCGGCACUACGCCGAAAUUAUCGAACGCGAAGAUUUACAGAUUACCUUCAAGCUCGCCGCAGGUGAAUUAAUGAUGUUCGAUAACACCCGUGUACUGCAUGCUCGCAAGGCCUAUUCCGAUGGCGGCCUGCGUCACCUACAGGGCGCCUAUAGCGAUCUCGACGGUCUUUACA